GAUGGUUGACCUUACUCGUGCGUUUGGGAGUGGAUCCCCAACAUCACCAGUACCUCAUGCUAGUAAUUAUGCACUGGGCUUGCUAUUGGCCGUUGGAUGUUGUUUAACUUAUGCACUAUGGUUGAUUACUGAGACUAAGAUGAGCCAGAGUUAUCCAUGCUUCUACUCAAUGACAACUUUGAUAUGUUUUAUGGCAUCAAUACAAAGUGUCAUUUAUGCUUUUUGUAUGGAGAGGAAGUCGGAGGAGUGGAAGCUUGGAUGGAAUAUUAGGCUUUGGACAGUGGCUUACUCGGGACUGGUGGCAAUGGGGCUGAUGUUUACGCUCAUAGCAUGGGUGGUAAGUGUAAAGGGUCCAUUGUUCGUAUCAAUUUUCAGCACUGUUUCACUUGUGUUGGUGGCGAUUAUGGCCUCCUUAAUUCUUGAUGAGAAGUUACAUGUCGGAAGUUAACAGUGAGUUUCCUUCAAUUUUGCUGAACAAGAUACACAUGGCUGCUGGUCUCUGCUACUUUCUUCAUGGCCUGAAACCGACAAUGGUGGUGUUGCUAGCUAAGAUCAUUGUUGUGGGGCUUAAUUAACUCUUCAAGUUGGCAGCCAUGGAUGUUAUGAAGCUGAAAAUCUUGGUUGCUUACCGAUGCAUCUUCGCAACCAUUUUUGUUGGCUCCCUUUGCUUUCUUUGUGGAAAGAAAUUGUUGGCAAAUCAGGUUUUGACUAGGAAAACUAGGCCGAGUUUGGUUAAAAGAUUAGAAACAUGGUCAAGAGUUAUGAAGACUCAUCCUGUAUGAAAAAUUGACAAAACUGAGGCCAAAUCAUACCGAGUCAUUCAAGACUCGUUUGUUUUGCCCGAGUUACAACAAAACGGCCGAUUCUUGUCAAAAGUUUAAGUUAGCAUUUCUGAUAGUUUUGAACUAAAAUAUAUUCUAAUGAUGUUAAAUGUUCAAUGAUUGAAGUCUUCUGUAUUGCUUACCAAAAAAAUAAAAAGUCUUAUGUAUUGAA